AUGGGUCAACCGAAAUACCGCCAGAUGACUGCACAGUUCAAAGGAAAAGAUGGAGUUGAGCUGAAACGAGAACCAAAAGACGACCCCCUUGUGUACAGAUACGACUCCAACGGCAUACAACAAGUCGAUCUCGAGAGGCGACUGCUCACGUACACACUAUUCGUUGAAUUUACCGAUCCUAGAAAAGCGAUAAGGAAGCUUUGGAGAGUUCUUGACAAAAUGAAGGUCUUUGACCAGUGGGAGGCGUACCAGGUGUACGGGGUCAGGCUCAAGGACAAUGGCAGAUGCGAUUAUUUUGAGGCCCCUGCGCCCCCUACAAUGAGCUAUUCUUAG